GCGCGAAUUUCUGCUGAUGAAAACAGCAUCAAGUUGUAAAUUUCCUUGUUGUGAGGAUUUGUGGUAGAUUUAUGGCUUGAUCUUUCUUUUGACCAGCCGUGGAUUUGUAGUGUAUCAUCGACAGGCCUUUAAGUACUUAUUUUACGUGGAAUCACCCUGAUUUAACUCGAGUUGCCGGCAAACUCCGAUCGAUCGUUGAGCUGGAUGACAUGUUCUCUGUUUGCUUGUAUCUGUUUACGGAUAUGAGAUGAAGUAUCCAAGUAAACCAAGCUUACAUGGCGACCUUAAAGCUUAAACAUGGCUGUGGUUUAUGAGUCAUACGCAAAUACAGAAACCUUGAUGUAGCAGUUGUUGCACAUUUUAUGCGAAAACUAAAUCUGACAUGCAAGCUAGGAAAAACUGGAAAGAUGAAGUGCAGCUGCUUAACAGAAGUGUAGGGAUCAUUUAACAAGCGCUGGGAAGAUUGAAGGAAAAUUGAAGCAAAUUCAUUAUAUUAUCGUGUCUUGCUUGAUUGAACUUUAACUGUUUCUGCCUGGGGUUACUAAGGAAACAACAUGGAUAGCACAAAUAGGCAAGUGUUAGAGCUAAAUAAUAGUAUUAACCCUUUAAGCUCUAAUAUCAACAUAGAAAUUCUCCAGGAUGAUCUUCCAACAUUUUCUAAAUGAUUAGUUGAAAGAAUUUGAUAAAAGAUCAAAGCAUUUUUCUUUGAUCAUUUGAUAAUUUCUCGUAACUUUUUCUCUAGAUGAUGAAUACAUGUAUUAAAGUGUUUUUAGGAGAAAAUUGAUGUUGAUCACUCGUGGGACUUGAAGGGUUAAGAGACUGAGCGGAGUCUAUAAUCUUGCAAGUGAUAGAACAAAGCAGCUGGAUACUGUGUAGGGUUUACGGUUACUCCGUUUCAAAGUCAGAUCGUGCCAUAAUGUGGUCAGAUCAUACUGCAGUAUUGUAAAAUUAAUUUCAUUCUAAUAUCCAAGAAACUACCUUAUAAUUAUCUCGACAUUCAUGCUACCGUGUUGGCCAGUGCCGUGUAUCAAGGGUAAAUUCAGCAGUAGCCACACUUCUACCAUAAAUUUUCACAAUUUUGUGACCAUGCAAAGCCAGGCUUUGAACACAAAAACUUCAUUUAUUGAGAUUAAUUGGCAUUGAUCAUGAAACCUCACCAUUGGAUUUUUAUUGACACUAACUUGUGAUGACACGCACUGAACAUGAAAGCUCAAAUACCUUAACUUUCACAGAGCACAAAAACUUGAUUAACCUUGCAUUGAGCUUGGCACAUUGUUUACAUUACAUGAACAACUUUCAACUGGAACAUCCUUCUACUCAAGUAAGAAUUUCUUCUAAGCUUUAAUUAUGUGGAAUGAUUUUACUCUAAUUAUAAUUGUGGAAUGAUCGGACUAAUUUGUGGAACAAUAUGACCAUGGAACAAAGUUUAAUACUAGGUACUCUGUGUGGAGGUAAUUCUGGCUUGUUCAAUCACAAGUUUGAUUACAGAGCUCAACAGCCCCCAAAUAUCUAACCUUUAGUCAGUGAUAGUUUACCGGUAAUUGAUGUGUUUAAUCACAGGGCAAGAUUGUUUCUGCUAGAUACAGGGUCAAAAAAAGUUAAACCAUUGAGACAUGUUUGUAACUGUCUCAUUAUAGUGCUGGUCAUGAUACAUGCUUUUGAAUGGCCUAGACUGUGUGUAAUAUCACCAUGUUUCCAUGGUAACUGUACUAUCAGAGUCCUAUCAGUAAGCACAGUAGCUUGCAAGUUCUCAAAUUAAGACCGUUUUUUUCUGCUUGCAAGCUACUCUUCUAUAUGCCAUUAAACUAUUGUUGUGAUUGUGUAGUAGAUUAUAACCUAGAGACUAAGGACAACACCAACAAGAACCCAUGCUAACGAUACUCUGGCUCAGUCUGAGUUACAAGUACUACAUGUAAUAGAAAAAUUGCAUGGAACUGAAGAUACCUUGAUGGUAUCAAUGGUGCAUGGCCAUUUAAGAGGCCCUGCCAGGGGAAAUUCCAACAAGUGACAUGGCCCAAUAAGUAGCGAUAGCCCGUAAAAUGAAAUCGCAACAAGAGACAACCUCCCUCGGCCAAAUUGCCACAGUGACGGCAAAGCCGUCAAUAAGCGACAAUUUUAUAACCCUGACAAGAGACGUUUUAAAAUUCAGACGGGUAACAUCAUUAAACUCAAAUCCAGAGGCUCUCUACAAGGACAUAUGGUACAUGUCUCUUUAGAACCAAUCAGGGGAAGCAACUACUGUACUGGUUAGCACCAGAGGACCUAACUCUACUAACCCUGUGUGGGCCAGCAUAUUUCAUCACAGUGUUGGUGGAUCUGAAAAAUAAUAGUAAACAAAAAUCUAAUCUAAAUGAAUGUUAAACUUUGUUUUUCAUCCAUACAUGCUCUUUACAUAUAUUUUACUUGGUAUUGCAGGACUUUGAUGGAAAAGAUGAAAAAGAGAAGAGCUGCAAUGGAGGUAACAUUGGAUGGAUGUUUCCAUUUUAGUUAGUUUUGUUUAUUUGUAUCCCAACGAAGUUGGUUGAGUACCUGACUUUAGACCAGUAGGCCUAGGUUUGUUUCCAGCCUGGACCAAAUCUUAGAGUUCUAAUGUACAAGUCAUGAAUUGUACAUUCAAACUUUAAUUUUGAUUCAACAUUUCUACUUGUGUGUGAAGCAACUACAUACAUGUACAAUGUAGUCAGAUGCAGGACGAAACAAGCAAUACGGUAAGCUGUGAAUGAUUCAAAGGGAUGUGUGUUAUUAGUACAGUGAAACCUCUAUUAAGUGGACCCCCAAUUAAGCGGACACCCUCUACUAAGUGGACACUAAUCAGGGUCCUGAAUUUAACGUCUUAUAUUUCCCUUUAUAAUGAACCCUUAUUCAUCCGACACCUCCUAUUAAGUGGACGUGGACACUAAAACAAAUUGUAUUUGGCUAAUUUCUAUUGUUAAAAACCUCUAUUAAGCGGACACCAGACUGAAUUGACAAAGGUAGUAUUGGAUUUUGUCCUUGAAAUACAUACUGUAGUUGAUUAAUAAAGAUAAAUCAAUACAUUUAGCUGUUAAAAUUAAUUUUCACCUCAAAGUCUUGCACAAAGUACAGCAUGGCUUUCUUUCUUCAAUUUUGAACUUUAUCACAGUACAGAGUAACCAUUGAGUGUUAAUUGUUAACAAACAUUGCGCAAAUUUUACAACCUCUAUUAAGCAAACACCCUCUAUUAAGUGGACACUUGGGAAGGUCCCUAAAGUGUCUGCUUAAUGGAGAUUUCACUGUAUCAUCAUUCAGCCAAUCAAACCCUUUAAUAGUGAAUGAUGGAAUCCUUUAACUUAGUAAGGUGAUUCUUACUUUUGAUUCUUGAUUCUGUGAAGGAAAUCCUGUGGUGUUACCAAUCAAAUGAAACCUCUUUGUCAGUACUUCCACAUAGCAUUAUUAGUAUUAUAUUUUUGAACAUUUACAAAGAUUAAUUAAAUAAAGAAUUUUGAUUUCGGCCAAUCUUGGAAAACUGGAAAGGGUGAAGCUAGUUUAUCUGGAUAUUACCGUAAAAACUCGUGUAUAAGCCGCACUCGUGUAUAAGCCGCACCCCCAACUUUCAAGCAUGAUUUUGCAAAAAAAAAACCAAAAAUGCGCUUUUGUAAAAAAGGUGAUCGUUUGUUCGCGCAUCAAAAUGUUCACACAUAAACUUGAGGAAAUUUAAUGUUGUGUAUUUGCAGUGACAUUUUAAAUAAGUUAAUCAACUCUGAAAAUACCUUUUAAAAGGUUCUCUUUAAUCAAUUUCCCCAUUUCCUGCGAAAGACAACAGUUCUCUUCAUUGCUAAAGCCCACAGUUGAAAUGAAUCAAUUUUCGCGCAAAAAAACAGGACCACGUAAAAGCCGGAAACAUUCGGCUUAGUUAGGUAACUUAGCAACGCUUUACAGAUGCACUCUUCUUUGACUGGCUAGAAAACAUUAUAGAAAGCCUGGGCCGAAUCACACAGUAGACCGCGAUCAGUAAACAACAUGGGGCGCUUUCCAUUCGACCAAAAAUUCCGGAAUGAAAUUUCGAGUAUUCCAUGUGACGAAUGGAACAGUAUUUUCCGGUUGGUUUGAACCAAGCCGUCCCAGUCCAUCACGUACCAAUUUUCGCGCGAAAAUACGAAAUAAACAGGGGAAUCAAAAAAUGGCGGACUCUUUGUCUAUUUUACUUGCUUUAGAGUUGCUCGACGACUAUGAAGUUGAAAUAAGCGAAGUAUUGGACGAGGACGACGACACAACGCUGUUCAGUGUUAUUAUCCGUUUCACUUAGCUCGGAAACAGUACAUUCACUGUUAUAAUUAUAGGCAUAAUGUAUCGGUCAAAUCGAAGCUUCAACAUGCCCCCCCCGGGCAUACCCCGGGCAUUUGACACCUUUGCCGUCCCGGGGAGGAGGGAAUUUGAUGAUCAGAGUCUUCCAGGGGGUGGGGAAUUUGAUCCCCAUGCUUUAGGGGUGGGGAAUUUGAACUGCACCCUCGAUUUCAUGUAAAAUCUUUGGCGUGGUGAGCUAUCAUGGGGGACGCGGUGUUAGAGGAUUUUCGUGGAAAAGAUUGUGCCUUUGUGGCCAAUUAGUUACGAGGAAAGGGAUUAAGCAAGCUUUGUGCCGUAUUUGAAGUAUUUAAAUUUUAAAAUUUUUAAUUGGAUUCAGGCUUUGAAUGUAUGAAUGUAUUUUAUUGUUGUGUUUACAUUGAAAUACAAUACCUAUACUGGCGAUUCAAUACAACAACAUAAAAUAAAAUAAAAUAAAAUAAAAAGUUCAGGUCAACUACUUUGACCUUCUGCAAGUAUGUUAAUUAAUAAGGUGAGCGAUGAUGCAUGUCAGUGAAAUGGUCAUGAUGUAGUAAUCUCAAUAGGUGGAAUCUUUUUUUAUAGAACACUUUGUAUGUUGCAUGACGAAGAAAAGCUGAGCAUUCAGUGACCUUGAAGCAGCGAUUUCCGCCGCUUUGCACAAGACUUUUGUUCGUAGUAAAUACGCUAACAGUGUUUCUCAGUUUUUGUUAUAUUUAUAAAGAUUUUGUUCGACAACUGAAGGCGUUUCCGCCGUUCUUCUGUCAUUUUUGUGCCUGUGAAAUGUCCCCAGGGUGGGGGCAUUUGAUCACCUGAAUGGACCCUAGUGUGGGGCAUUUGAAUGGCAUUUUGGCCCGGGUAGGGGGGAAUUUGAACAAUAAUUUUCAAAAAAGUCAAAUGCCCGGGGGGUUGCCCGGGGGGGCAUGUUGAAGCUUCGAUUUGACCGAUACAUAAAGAAUGCGAAAAGAAAACGUUGACGCUACAAAAUACAUGCAUUCACUCCUAACCCAGUAAUGGCGAGAAUAUUUGCCUUGCAAUAGAAAGUGUGCUCGUCACUUAUCACAUUAAUUUAAGACAUUGCGCGUAGCUUAUAUGCAUUUUCGCGCUACUUACGAAAGUUUGCCGUGGCUCCGGUGCAAAAGUGGUGCAAAAGAACAUUCAAGUCAUCUGUCGCAUAAUAACAAGCGGAACACUGAUAUUGAGCAGAAGAAUUGGAAGCCAUGUUGAGUUCGAUUUCUGGGCUCUGAGAAACUGGGCGCGAGCAGGAAUGGUCGAAUGGAACGGAAUUUUCCGGUUAUUCCGAUUUUCCGGAAUUUUAGGCCAACCUCGCUAGGUACACCCAAAAUUUCGGAAUGAAAUUCCGGAAAAUGUCUGUUCCAUUCGCUCCCAAACCCGGAAUUUCCGGAAUUUUUGGUCGAAUGGAAAGCGCCCAUGGAAACGUUCACUUUCGCAUCAGCUGUGCGUGGAUAUCAUGUUUAUAAAGACGUAUGGAAACCAUCGAUCGGGGAAAAGCUUGUUGCUAAACGAGAGUUUAACAACCCAAUGGACAAACACGCCGUGAAAGUAGUGAAGGACGACGAAACGGUCGGCCAUUUGCCUUGCGAAUUCUCUCGAAUAGCGUGGUAUUUUCUUGCACGUAGUGGGGAAAUCAGCGUUGAAGUGAUCGGUCGCAGACGACACUGUAAGCAGCUGUGCGGAGGAAUGGAGAUUCCCUGCCAGUUAGAGUUUAACUGCUCAAACAAAGCGCAGAUGAAACGCUUAAGAGAAAGCAAUGAUCAACGAUAGGUUUCAAUAUGUUUAAUCUUUAUUUACUGAAGGUUUUCAGUUCAAUUUGUGACCCCUACAAGCCAGUUUACUCCCUUUGAGACCAAUGGUCUCGUGUAUAAGCCGCACCCGCGAUUUUUGACUUAAAAUUUCGGCAAAAAGGUGCGGCUUAUACACGAGUUUUUACGGUAGUUCAUUCAAUGCAGCGUAUUAAAUGCUUGUUUUUAAAGCUUAGGUGUUUCCACUUGUUAGCAGUACUUUUCAUCUUCUCUGUCAUUAAAUUGCACUUUACUUUUUCUCUUACUUUAAAACAGGCCACAAUAAUGUCUGAUGCAGGUUCUUACAAAUCUGAUGCAGAGGAUACCAUGCAUAGUACAUCCACACCAAUACGCGACAUGGUUGGCAUUUAGUUUGUAACAUUAUUUUACCUAAACCCUACUUCAUAUAACUGAUAAUUAUGAUGCGAAAGGAGAAAAACCAGAACCUUUGUUUCUUUUUUGCAUUAUAUACAGAAUAGCGUAAUCACGAUGUUUCGAUUCAUGUACCUAGUGAAAACAUUGCUUCAUCAUUAGGUGAAAACGUUUUCCUUAAAAAAUCAAAAACAAAAACAAAAACAUUAAAAGAGAAAAACAAAUCUUCACAGAUUAUUUGUUUACUCAAUAUGAUCUUUAAUAUUGGUAUUUAAUGUAAUAAUUAUUGUUAGAGACAAGAGGAGCCUGUGAUCCUAAUAUCCAGGCUGCUAUUAUGCGCCCAUGCACAACUUGUAUUUAGCCAGCUUUGUCAGAAUGAAUGGAAUGCACAGAACGCAAUCUGAUCAUGGGCAUUUUUACCUUCUAUCACUCGUAUUCUCUUUUCAUACACAGGGUUGUCACUAAGAUUUUAAGUUGCCGGGUAAAUACAACAAGUAGGCGGGGAAUCAAAUGGCUAGGGAUUUGUUUUGGUUCUAUUUUUCUACUAUUUUCCAAUAAAAGUAGCCGGAGGCCACUCUCUUAGUAGCCGAGGAAAAUCCCCGGCCCCCGGCUCUUAAUGACAACCCUGCAUGCAUGUUUUGUCUUUGACCAUCUAUCACAUCAAACGUAUGCAAAGCACAGCAUUUGAGCAAGACCUUUGAUCGCUGUCGCCUGCAUUCCGUACAUCCUUUGGUUAUUACUAGUUGAUAUUUUCAUUAUUCGAACAUGUGGUAGGAGGAUAAUUUUUCUUCUGACAUUAUUUUUUGUCUUUACAUGAUACAUGCAAGUUGUUCUUGUUGCUUUUGAUAGUUUUGAACAAUUUGAUAUAAUGAACUUCUAUAGAUAGACAUUUAGAUUUACAUUUUAUUUAUUAUUAUUAUGAGUAUUAUUAUUUAUGCAUUUAUUUUUAAAUAAUACUAUUACAUGUAAAUGUGAUUAUCUCUGUUUAUACAGAGGAACCCUGCCUUACGACCACCCCAUAUAUAUCACCACCUCAUUAAAAAUAAAAAUCACUGAGUCAUUUUAUUAUUUUGAACACCCGGUUAAUGUGACUACCUUGUUGUUACAACUAGGGGUCAAUUUAAUAAAAAUUUUACAAGUGCAUUCUGCAAGAGUGCCAUUGUUUAAGAGUCUGAAAACAAUAACUACACUGUCUUGUUAAUCUGCAAUAUUUAUUGUAAAAGUUUUAUUAAAUUGACUUCAGGAUUUUAUGGCCCAAUGGUGGUCACAGAUGGGGUUCCACUGUAAUAAUAUCGUCUUCAUAAUAAAAUGUCUAUUGUGUUGAACUGAUGAUUCAUGUAUUUUCCUAUUUCUAUUGCCCUUUAGUCUUCAAGGCCAGACAAUGGGACAGAAAUUCAGAGAACGAGUCCUGCAGGUGACACUACUGUGGAAGUAAGUAUAAAGCCAUAAUUAUGUGAUCAUUACUCUAACAUUACCUGAAGAAAAUGCAAUCAAGACUGAAUAAAAUUGCGUUUUAAAAAUGAGGCAUAGGGCCUGGGCUGGUCUCAGUUCUAUCAGCAGCACUUUUCUUCACAUGUUAUUGCUUUGUACUCUCAGGGCAUGAAAUGAUUGUUUAGUCAAACCCAUUUUUGCUCGGGCAUAACCCGUUUUGGCCAGACAAACAUCUGUUAAGUCAUAUAUCUAUGAAUCGGAUGACUAUAGAUUUUGUUAACCAUUUGCAGGAUUACAGAUCAAAAUGGACUCCACUAAGGCCAUGUUUAUGUAUGAAGAAAAGUUGUCCCAGAAAAGAGGGUCACCCUCUCAGCUGAGUCAACUUUAGUGAAUGUUUAUAUUAUGAGAAAAAAGUUAACCCCUUUGCCCGAGCCAACCUUUGCUGCCACAUGCUCCGUUUGCUUAAAACAGUGCUUGCACAUGUCAUUUUACUACGUUGACCUGUCUGGGCGAUCCAAAGUGUUCAUAUGGAGAAAAGUUGGCCUGGCUAGGAGGGUUAUCUUGCUAUUGAAAAGAGGGUUACCCCAUAGGGCGUGUCACCCUUCUAGCUGGCCAGCUUUUUGUUUCUGAUGUAAACGGUUGCCCAAAAUGUUGGCUCGCUCAGGUUAGGUCGAGUAGGCGAGUGAUGCUCCCGCUGACUUUUCAGCCGAGAACAAGUUUUCUCCACAUAAACUGGGCAUUUAUGAAUUAAAAUAGGGUUACAUAGAAAUGCAGUGAGUUGAAACAACAUUCGCCAGAAAUUUUGUCCUGACUUCGUAGACAAACUUUCUUAGCCAGAGGAGAAUAUUCAAAAUUGAAUGAACUGUUUAUAUAAAUUGAAAAUUCCAAACCUGAGUGUCGCUGCCAUUUCGUGAUAAACUGUUGUGCUUCUUCGCCCAUUCAUCCUAAACUCACUCCAGGAUCGGUUGACUUCUUUCUUCCUCAUAGCAGCAAUGCCUCGCCCAGAAUUGCUCUGGCUUGUUCUCUUCAACCACGAAAACGUUUCAAAAUAAGCUAAAAUAGCCAUCUGAAGUUUCAGUUUAAAUAACUUAAAAAAUUGCUAUGUAAUAAAACACGUUGACUUGGAAUCAAUGAACGUUGCUGUUUCUAGGAUGACCACAAACAAGCUCGAAAUGCGACUUCGUAACACCAGCAUAAUUAAAAAGCCUGUAGCCUUGUGAAUACUUUUGAUUUCCCCAUGGAAUGUUGAAAAACAAUAGAAGGUGUGGAAUCAUUGCCAAUGUGAGGGUGGAUUCAUUUGCCAUAUUCGCGUAAAAGCGUCGCAUUUGCCCAUUGGACUUUUUUAUUGUUUUUUGAGCUUAAAAACAAUAAAAAAUGCCAGCGAGCAAAUACGAUGGUUAUGAGCGUAUGCUGCGAAUGAAUGCACCCUAAAAAUUUACCGUUUCUCGGCCUUCAGCUCUAGGAAUAUACAGUUGAACCUCCAUGUGCGACCACCUCUCGUUUAAAGAGACCACCUCCCAUAAGGCUAACCGGUCAAGUCGCCUGAAAGUUAGCUUGCGCCACAGACAAGUCAAGUCGUGGAUUAAUUACGUCUGCGACGAAACGGAAGGCUACUCCAAAGUCAUCUCGCCCGAAAUUUUUGGUCAAGUCGCCCAAAAUUUUAUGAAAAGAAACAAGCGGGAUAAUUGUGUAAUAAAGUCUCGUUUUUUAAGCAAUGAUGCUAUGAUGAAACGAAACAAGCACAAUAAGGAUGUUAGGAUAGUGUUGAGCAAGAUAAAUAUGAAGAAUUUCAAAAUAAAAUCCUGAACAGGCUGAAAACCGAUUCAGAGCUAAAACCAUUGUGACGUCAUUGUCACGUGACAUUUAUUCCGAUUGCCCAAAAAAUGAUACCACAAUAAAGUUUAGUCUAAUUGUAAUCCAUUUGUCAUAAUGGUUUUGGCAAUAAAGAUCGAUUUAUUUACGCAUAAGAGAUUCAAAGAUUGAGGGUGUGCCUAUUAUAAUACUGGGUCGAGCCACCUUAACUGAGGCUGACGUCGAACUUUUCAUGAAGUCUUAACUAAGUUUAGUUCGUGUCAUGAAAAGUUCGACAUUUGGCCUAACUCUUGGCCUUUUUGGUGGCCGCUUACGGGAGGUCCCACUGUAUCACAUAUUCUCUUUCUUCAGGCCGAUAACCCUCACUUUUAAUACAACUUUAUGUAAUUAUUUGUUUUCCUACAGUCACUUAUCCUUUCUACUCUUUACUUUUGUACUUAACAGUCUUUACAAGACUUGGAGGAGGAUGGUGACAUGUUGCAGGACCUUCAGACCAGAAGACAGCAACGGAGAGAGGAGGUAUACCGGAAAAUUUCGAAAAUAAGCCCCUCUAUGUAAAAACCCAUCCAAAUGUAAGUCCCCCAAACCGGUAACGCAAAAAACCCUCCGUUAAAUCGCCCCUCCAAAUAUAAGCCCCCCAGGGGCUUGUACUUGGAAAAUUUCCCUCAAAUACAAAGUAAAACAAAGCAAAAACGGUAAUUUUACUUCCAACUAUAAGGAUAGCCCAAUCGAUUUUGAAACGCAAAGUUCCCUCCGUAGAUAAACCCCUCCGAAUAUAAGCCCUUCAAAAACGGCCUUUGAAAAAUACAAGCUCCCGGGCUUAUUUUCAGAAUUUUACGGUAUGUUCGUAUUGUGAGUCACGGUGGCAUUUCCUCCGAUACACCCAGGCAGGGUGCUAAGAAAGUAGUUUUACAGCUUGUCAUUCAGGCAAGCGGCUUAAGCAUGUGCAAGCCCAAAAGUCAUUCAAACUAGCCCGAAAAAAACAAUUUUGAUGAGCAAUUCAAAUAGUAAUAAUUAAAAAUAUAGUUUUUCUAUAAUUUGAACUCCCAAGAAACUUCCCUUGCCUGUCGGGCAAAUUAAGAACAGAGUUCACUAGCCAGAUAGCAAACUCCACUAGCCCUGGGCUAUGAGACACGACUUUCUUUCGCACUCUGUACACCUUGUAUAGUGCAUUGGUGAUGUUUUUAGCUGACAAUCUGUUGAUAUUAGAAAUAUCAAAAAUGAAAUUGAAAUAGAUGAAUGAAUAAACAAAAGUCAAUACAAAAGCCUAAGGAUACUAGCCAGGAUACAAGGACUUGUUUAUUUUAUCACUUCCUUCUCAAUCGAUCCUCAGUGCUUCUCUAAUUCUAUUACUUUGAUUCGAUUUCCAUUCCAUUGAUGGUGUUUUAGUGUGAGGUUUAUAUUGCAACAAAAAACAAACAAAUAAACAAACAGACAGACAGACAAACAAACAAUCAUAAACAAGCACAGAAAAAGAAAACUUAAAACUUCAUCAACACUGGGCAGAUAGCUUCUUGAUAUUUUAAUAUUAGUUUAUGUUCACCUAGCAUGUCUAAACUCUACUCGGCGAGCAGAAUUGACGUUUGAGCAUUGUGAAAGUCGUGGAAAUAGUUUUUUUUCUCAAUUUGCUGUAAUGGUUUGCUGCAUGACAGUUCCUACAACGGUUGAGUUUUCACCAAAAAACAAGCCGCCUACAAAUUUCAUGACAAAACGGUUGUUGAAAGACGCCAAAUUUUGGCAUUCUAGGGCUGAUCGAUGUGCUCGCAGUUUAAGGUUUUUUAGACUCAUGCGUAAAUUUUUAAAUGGUUCAGCAAAAAAGUCCAAAGCUAUCUUCAGUGUUUUCCUUAUCAAGCUGUAACCAGUAGAAUUUACCGCCUGAAACAACACUCCUUACCACCCACAACCGCUUGAAGGUUUACUAAAAUCGAAACUAGCAGUAACCGUUGGCCAGGAAAUGCGGGCGAAGAUGUGGUUUAUCACGGAAAACCGCUUUCAUAAUUGUAUAAGUUCUUAAAAUGAAGGAUUGACGUUUGAGAAAACUUAGUUCCCACGUUUCCCAGCGACGGCGAGACCAUGUCCCUCACUCCACUACCUCCCUCCCUCUCCAGGAAAGUGCGCCUCUGGCGCAUAUUUUUAGCCUUACUUGCCAUGAAUGGUUUAGAGAAAACACUGUAUCUUAAUGGAUACUCUUGUUACAAGCGGAACGACCUAUCUACGGCCGCCUUGAUAAACCCGUUCCUAAUGGCCGCUUACGCGAGGAUCAUUCCCGUAAGCCGUGAGCUCCAGUAACGAACACUUUUCUGCUUCCCGGGGAGAUUCGAUCGAAAAAGAGAGCUUCAGCUGUAGUACAGUCAACUCUCUCUUAACAGACACUUCUGUAAGGCGGACGCCUCGCUAAAACAGACACAGAGUUGGUCCCUGCCUUUGUUUGCUCCUUUUCGUUGACCCUCUAUAAGACGAACACUUUGGUAAAACAGACACCUAGAGUUGGUCCCUGCCUUUGUUUACUUCUUUUAGUUGACCUUCUAUAAAUCUAUAAGACGAAUACCUUGGUAAAACAGACACAGAGAGUUGGUCCCUGUCUUUGUUUACUCCUUUUAGUUGACCCUCUAUAAUACGAACACGUGGGUAAAACUGACACCUAGAGUUGGUCCCUGCCUUUGUUUACUCCUUUUAGUUAACCCUCUAUAAUACGAACACGUGGGUAAAACUGACACCUAGAGUUGGUCCCUGCCUUUGUUUACUCCUUUUAGUUAACCCUCUAUAAUACGAACACGUGGGUAAAACUGACACCUAGAGUUAGUCCCUGCCUUUGUUUACUCCUUUUAGUUAACCCUCUAUAAUACGAACACGUGGGUAAAACUGACACCUAGAGUUGGUCCCUGCCUUCCUUUACUCCUUUUAGUUAACCCUCUAUAAUACGAACACGUGGGUAAAACUGACACCUAGAGUUGGUCCCUGCCUUCCUUUACUCCUUUUAGUUGACCCUCUAUAAUACGAACACGUGGGUAAAACUGACACCUAGAGUUGGUCCCUGCCUUCCUUUACUCCUUUUAGUUAACCCUCUAUAAUACGAACACGUGGGUAAAACUGACACCUAGAGUUGGUCCCUGCCUUCCUUUACUCCUUUUCGUUGACCCUCUAUAAUACGAACACGUGGGUAAAACUGACACCUAGAGUUGGUCCCUGCCUUCCUUUACUCCUUUUCGUUGACCCUCUAUAAUACGAACACGUGGGUAAAACUGACACCUAGAGUUGGUCCCUGCCUUCCUUUACUCCUUUUCGUUGACCCUCUAUAAUACGAACACGUGGGUAAAACUGACACCUAGAGUUGGUCCCUGCCUUCCUUUACUCCUUUUCGUUGACCCUCUAUAAUACGAACACGUGGGUAAAACUGACACCUAGAGUUGGUCCCUGCCUUCCUUUACUCCUUUUAGUUAACCCUCUAUAAUACGAACACGUGGGUAAAACUGACACCUAGAGUUGGUCCCUGCCUUCCUUUACUCCUUUUCGUUGACCCUCUAUAAUACGAACACGUGGGUAAAACUGACACCUAGAGUUGGUCCCUGCCUUCCUUUACUCCUUUUCGUUGACCCUCUAUAAUACGAACACGUGGGUAAAACUGACACCUAGAGUUGGUCCCUGCCUUCCUUUACUCCUUUUCGUUGACCCUCUAUAAUACGAACACGUGGGUAAAACUGACACCUAGAGUUGGUCCCUGCCUUCCUUUACUCCUUUUAGUUAACCCUCUAUAAUACGAACACGUGGGUAAAACUGACACCUAGAGUUGGUCCCUGCCUUCCUUUACUCCUUUUAGUUAACCCUCUAUAAGACGGACAUCUCUCUAAGACGGACACAUAGUACCGGUCCCAAAGAUGUCCGUCUUAGAGAGAGUUGUUGUAUAUCUUUCUUUUCAGUUAUCGUCCACUUUAGGUGAAUCACCAGCUGGUGGAGCAUGGGGUGACGGCAGGACAAGCAUGGAGACUUUAUCACCUGCAGGUGUUUAAAUAGCGCAACUUUAGAGGGGCUAUUUCACGGCUGUCUAGUUCAUUGGGUGGUAACCUGCCUAAUUGGCGGUUUUGUUCGGCGCGCCAUUAAACAAACGUAGUGAGCGGCGGGCAGGAGCGGUGAAGCCGGGAACCGCUCACUAAGCUUGUUUGCGUGCUUGCCGGACAAAACCGCUAGCUACGCAGACUCUCUGAAUUGGGUUGAUUUUACCAUUAAAUCUCUUUUAGGCAUGUUAGGCGAACAAGCUUUCAAAAUCGCAAUUGCAAUCCGUUUUAAUCUUGUUCAAGUUUGCCCGUCCGUACCUUCUUUUGUAUUUGCUGUGUCAUUUAUACGUUUUCUUAAUGUACAUGUUUAAGUUACUCAAUUUGGUGUCAGCUCUCAUUGUUAGAGUUGGUAAAGCUCCUUUAAAUACCUUUCAUCGUUUUUUUUAAAGACUGUUCAGACCUGACAAGUAUAGUUAUCAUAGACUGAAAAACAGUCGUUUUUUUUUCUCAAAAUCAGUAAAGAAACCGGUAAAGCGUGGCGUGAGAGUCUUACGCGCGCAAAGCGCUCGAGCCUGGGUAGGGCGUGGGCGUAUUUUUAGCGUCUCUUCCCCGUCUCGCUCUCUGUUUUCAGCCUCGUUCCAGACCUUUUGCUUGACUACUCGCGCGUACUUGAACACGCAAAGAUACGGACUGUUUUGUAGUCUAUAGUUAUCAUGACAUAGCGUUUGUUUCAAAGUAGAGUUAGGGAUAAUAUCUCCAUUAACAAAGGUUUCCUGUCUCAAUUAUUUCCAUAGGCCCCUCCCGACUUGGGCAGCCAGGCCCAAGACUCCAACAGAUGAUGGAUUCUGGAGAUCUAAAUGCAUCGUCUGCAGGGGGAAGCACGAGUCUCAAUGCUUCUAUAAGGGAAAGGCUACGCAGUAAAGUGCGAGGACGCCAGGUAAUUGUAGCAUGCAUAGUUAACAUGUACAGGGUUCGACUUUUUGGGGGUCAAUAGUAGAGAGCUUUAGAUGUCAGGGUACGAGUAAGUUCUUGCGCGUGUUCUCAAAAAAGACACCCCGGAAAGCUUCAUUUUACUUUAUUUCACCAAAAAAAGUUAGUGCGGUUGUUUAUACUGAAGGAGGUUAAGCCCUCUCCCGAUCGCAAAGUGAUAAAACUUCUCACAUUUGAUAACUUGUUUCCGCCACUACGACAUUCUCGCCAAAUCCCGUUUUUGAGUGACGACGGCUAUCACGUUUUCCCGCCAAAAUGACGCUGUCUCACGUGCGCUCAAUACUCAGUAUUGAGAAAAUCUCGUACUCGUAGUCGUCUUCGUCCUCGAAUCUAAAGCUCUCUUAUAUCGCCACUUUAGAAACAGGAAGGAAACGGGGACGAGUUACCUUUCGCAAAGAAUUCUGGUAACGUUACAAGGGACAUGGAAAAAAUUAGCCAAUAGCAGACCGGCGCGUCCCCAGUAACCAUCCCAGAAACAAUUGUGGGACACAUUUCGGCACCAGUUCCCUUAUUUUUUCUUAAGUGGCGGUUUGAAGAUAUAGACAGCUUUGUGAAAUGAAGAAACCCCAGCAGAAACGUUUAAAAUGUAAGCCCAAUGUAGUGUAUAUGAGCUGACACGCGUGCCACUAAAUCGUAGCCAACAGUUACCAGCGCCGUACAAACGACUUAUUGACGAGAUCAAGCAAAACUAACUACGAGAGAACGACUGGAGAACUGACAAUUUGACUAACAAUAGACGACUGUUUAACUGUGACAAUAGACGGAUCGAAACGCACCAAUUACUGAUUACGAGUCUUCAUAGCCAAUAACAUCACGGCUUAACUGACAGACGACCAAUAACAUCGCGACGUAAUUGACCAAUCAGAUCAAAAACCAGAGUAAAACACCAUCAACUGACGUGAUACAACUCACUUUGACUCUGAAGAUGACUACCACACAGGUUGUCGAAACGUCAUUCACUGUCAACAACAACAGUCCUAUUCAGGACUACGUUCACUCAGACGAUCAAACUCAACCUACUUUUGAAAUGACUCCUGGGUUCAAACCUUUCACAAAACUAGGUAAGGUAAGAAAACGAUAAGGCUAAUAUGGUUUACACGAACUGAUGCACAGACGAUUCGUUAAACGACAAAUCUUACACCAUACGAACACACCAAAGGUGUAGAAGCAUCCUGAGUUUAGGACUAAUAUGGUACACACAAUCUAAUGUUGAGAUAAACGCCAAGAUGACAAGUCUUAUAAUGUGCAACUAUUGAAAUGUUCGGGGAAAUCAGUUCUAUGACUAUGGCCGGACAUACGUACAAACGGACUGGCGUACGGGAAAAAUGUAUACGAAACUGUUAACGUGCCGGGAAGAAGACAUGGACAAGAAGACAAAGCUUAUUCUUUCGGAAAAAAAAAAAGGCCCUUGGGAAAGGGGUACAAGUGUAGUGUUAAGUUUGCUUUCUGUCCUACCCUUAAAAGUGCACGAGGACGGUCCACCAACAUUUCCUGUUGACCUAACUUGGAAUCUAGCUUACUAGUAGUGUGAAGGCCGAUACCAGCUAAUUAAGGAAUUUAGUCAAUUACUGAACAGACUUUUCUUUAGUUACGUACUUGUCUCUUUGGAACCACUGUAUAAAAAAAAUCCUUGCUUUCGCAAAGUAUUCAUACCAUUCUCCAUGAAUGCUUAGGUCUUGAAAAUGUCUUCCCUGUUUCAAAAGGUUAUGCAGAAGCCUUUCAUUGAUGAGUAAAAAUCUAUGCCCUCCACAGUCAUACAUUACCAUGAAGUCUAUAUAUGAUAGUUUCUCUAGCUAGUGUGCAGCGUAGUAGGAUACAAUGCAAUGCAAUACUUUUGGCUCAAAAAACGUUGUUAUUAUUUUGUUACAGCCAGUUUCCAGAACUGGAGAAGAAGAGGUAAGCAAACGUUCCGUUAAGUCAAAAAAUUUGUUUUUAUCAUCUUCCCGAGUUGCGGGGAUUUCUGCAGUUACCAAAGGUACCAGAUUUGUUCGUGAAAGUACAGAGUGAUGUCCACUUCUUCUGCCGGAAAAUUUUUUACAUGAAACUCACAGAAAUGCUAGCGCUGUUUCUAGCCUUUACGACACUAGACUGGAAAACAGUUCCUUACAUGAUUAUAUUCCAUUUAAAGACGUUAUAAUCUUGCAAACAUAAGGCAUCAUUGUACUUUUACCACCGGACACGAGAUAAUAAAUAACAUGUCAAAACGCCCGGCCCCUGGCCUCAAUUGAAACCGUGGCAGUUAAUCAAUUAAAAGCUGCUGUCUUGAACUUUGGUCCUUCCGCAGAGGGGGACCCAGGCUAGCGCUUGUCAAGUCACCCUUUGAGUGCUUUAAUCCUUCUUCUCCAAGAGUUAACGAUGGAGUCUUUGUGGUUCUUCUGUGUCUGUGGACCACAUCAUUUAGUAUGACCAUUCAAACGAAACCCUUUGCGAGUAGUUUUACAAUGCUUGGUUCGGUUUUUAGCAUACUACAAAUCAAAUUUGGAAAAUUGGAAAAUUUGUGUAUUUCUGUUUUGGCCACUCGUGGGAGUGAAAGUGUUAAGGUGGUUAACUGACUUUGUUUUCAAACUCUCCCCCGCCCCCCCCUACCCCAACUGAUGCCAUAACACUAUUUCGUAGUAACAAAAUUUAACCCCUUCAUUUUCCUUCGUCUCCAUUUCAUAAACUCCGUGUUUCUAAAGAACUCAAGUUGUAAUGUAUUUUUACCAUCAUUCAAGAGAUUGUAAGAAUUUAAUUGUAUUUCCAGGCCACUCCGGAGAGGAGACUUCGCGGUCUUCGCGACAGAUCCUUGCCAACAAGAUUUGAUGACGCUGGGGUGAGCUGAUUAAUGUAUAAAUAUAACAUUUCAGUAACUAUCUAAUGACAGGCAGUCCUCUAUUCAAGACGGCCACAAAAUCUUUCUCGGGAAAUUGUUAAAUAAAACGUUUCAAGAUUCUGGUAACCUCGAAAUUGCUCAUGAUUACUCCAGGACGGGGUUGCCAGUUUUUUUUUUCUUAUGUCUUUCUACAUGAUCGUUUGUGUGGUUGAGAUGUAAUGCCAUCACUUGUGCUUCAAUAACCCUCACAAUCCCCACACAGGCAGCUAAACGUUAGAGGACAGUCAGUUUAAAAUAUGGCAUUACGACAACGCAGUAAAUUCAUUCAGCGUUGUUGCUUGCUCUUUAAAACCGAUUAUUUUUUUUUUUAUGUUGAUAUGGCCAUGACCGUCAUGACAUCUUAAAAACUUCCUAAUGCCUACGAUGAGUGUCACUGUAUGAAAGUAUCACGUGUUCCCAUUGCAUUUUGAGUCAAUGUACAUGUAUGAAUGUGACCCUAACAACAGUACAUACAUGAGAGCAAUCAAUCGAUUGGUUCAGCAAAUGAAUAUUUCUGAAUGCCAGAGACUGGGGCUUUGCAUGCCUAUUUGUGUAGUUUUUCUUCACUACCCUAAAAUAUGAAUAUGCGUGCAUUGUGUGUACCGAACUUACCCCUGUAUGAAUUUGGCAGGGUAGUUAAUGAACAGGCAAUGUCUAAUUAAUCGCAAACCACUCCGGUGUCCCCGUUAGUUUUCAAACCCUCAGUAGGUUAUUAACUAUCUUCAGCUGCUUCGUGACGUGCCAGAAGAAGAUGAUGCAGAAGAUGCAGAAUUGCAAGCCAGCAUAGCAGGUGCAAAUAAAUGGAGAAAGAUGGUUGCCCUUACAAGACAACGGGCUGCAGAGGUGAUACCGUAAUUAUGUACAAUAAACCCUACUUAAUGCAUCUGUAAUGAGUGAAGAUUACCGUAAGAAACUAAGUUAGUGCUCGGCAAACUUUAAUACUAUGUCAUCCAGAAAUGAAGCAUAUUAACGGACAAAAAGGGUAAAGAUAGCGUAGGAUGAUGAUAUUUAUUUUUCUCCGAGUUGCUGCAAUUAUCAACCCCUUUCUGGCCAAAAAGGCUCGGCCUUCGUAAGUCAUCAGACGAGUAUGGUGUUCAGUUUCUCUUGGGAUGACUGUAAUACCCAGGACAAAUUAGAAACAAAGGCUAUGCUAAAUGUUAGGUUGGGGGGGCUGGACAAACGGGGUGUAUUACCGUAAAAUUCCGAAAAUAAGUCCCUCCAUGUAUAAGCCCCUCCAAAUAUAAGCCCCUCAGACUCGUAACGCAAAAAACCCUCCGUUAAAUCGCUCCUCCAAAUAUAAGCCCCCCGGGGGCUUGUACUUGGAAAUUGCGCUCAAAUACAAAGUAAAACAAAGCAAAAACGGUAAAUUUCCCUCCGUAGAUAAGCCCCUCCGAAUAUAAGCCCCUCCAAAAAUACGCCCCUCCUAAAGGGCCUUUGAAAAAUAUAAGCCCCGGGGCUUUCGGAAUUUUACGGAAUGAGAAAUGCUCAAGGGGUGGAUAAAUUGACAAGGCUUUCGUUUGGGCUAUGUCCUUAUUUGAAAAAACGUCGAUUUAGAUUUGUGCACAAUAAUAAUAUAUACUCAACACGUUUAAAUAGAAAGUAAUUCCGUCUGUACAAAAUUCAUAGGGUAUUCCUACAGAGGAAGAAGCUUAUAAUUUUUUUGUCGGCAAAGAGGCUAAGGUUGAAGAAAAGAAAGAAACCGGAGACAAUGAAGAGGAAGUUGAGGUAUAUUUAUUUAUAGUUGGUCUUUCGCUUGUAACGUUUUGGAGAAGAUUUUGAAAAUAAAUUGAAUGGCCCCAGGUUAGCACAUACUAUCUCGUGAACUAGUCAACGUUAAUUUAAUUCACGUUUUUGGCAUUCUGUUCAGAAGUCAUUCAACAUCGUUCCCAGGCUCCUCCAUUUUCUUUCCUCGAGAGCACCCUGGUAACGACGUUGAAAGUCAUCAUCAAACUGAUAGGCUGUUUCCGGCUCAGUCACUGAGUACAAAAACACUGUGCUGGCGGGCAAACAACGCGGUAGGACCUUGCAAAGAAAGGAAAAAUAGCUUUUAAGUGAUGUAAUCUCUCUGUCGUUUUUGCCCUUCUGUUUAAUGCUCUCUAGCAAGAUGUUAUGCCUCAUUUGACGUUUUGGCUGCAAAGGCCUCUCAGAUUUUCCACAUGUUAUGCCCCGAUGUAAUCUCUUGCACUCUUUUUUUGCCCAUCUGCGUCUCAUGCUCUUCAAAAAGGUGUUUUCGUCUCAUCUGACUGUUUAGCCGCACAGGGCCCAUUGAAAGCGACCAGUGAGAUGAAAUCGGGCCACCCAUAUUUCUAAAUAUAUUACCUCGUUCACCAACUGAUCACGAAGCUACUUUGUUUAGGGGCUGUUUAGUUAAACUCGAUUUUUAAUUAUUUUUUUUAAAUUUAAAUUGUUGUUAAUUCAGAAAGUGCAAGUCAUAGCUUAAGUCUGCCUAUCAUUCUUCAGUCACACAUUUCAAUUGUUUAACUUGUUUUUACUAAGAAGGGUUUGAGCGUUUAAGCAGAGGCUUUUGCUACCGUCACCAACAGCGCAUUCCUGGGCUACACCCAUUCUGACCGUAGUCGCGCUUAACCUUAUUGCAGAAAUGUUUGUUUGUUUCCUAGGAGCCCACGGAACCACUGCUAAGAGAAAACGAGCUCUUGACAUUCUGGGGUAAACCUCCUUAUCAACCUUUAGCAAAACAACAAGAACAUGAAGCCAAACUGUACAAAAUCCCCAGUAUGAAAACUAGUAAGUCUCAGUCUCUCUGUAAUUGAAAAUAAGGUGUUCCCUUUUAUCUGAUGCCCGACCACUUCUUUGUCUUGUACAUUCAAAAUGGCGACUUUCUAGUUGGGGAAAGAAAAAGAAGACGGCGAGAAAUUCCCGGGGGGACUCCCAUAUAAAACAGACGGGGAUGCUCGUCGUCUCGCUUAGGGGUGUAAAUUUUGGAUUUUGGUCUCGCUUAGGGUGUUCCGGGCAAAGCGCUAAUAUUUUAAGCUGCCAAGGUCUCGUUUUGGGUUCCGCGAAGAACUUGAGAUUUAUGACAAUGCUUUUAAAAACUACUUUUAGAUAAAAGCAUUCGAUGAUUAUGUCUUUACAUCAUUAUAACUCAUUGCAUGUCGUAUUUGUGUGUUUUUAAGCGGUCUCUUUUAGGGGUCAAAAUUUGCUUAAGCCACGCCCAGAUUGGUCUCCUUUAGGGGUCACAAGAAGCUUGAGCCACGCCCAGAUGGUCUCCUUUAGGGGUUAAAUUCAAAAUUUCCGACGAGCAUCCCCGUCUGUUUCAUAUGGGAGUCCCCCCCCCGGGGAGAAAUUAUUUGCCGGCCUGAUAGAUUUUCUGCCUCUCGGAAAGGCAAAGAUGUCACUUGUCUUGUCUACAGGACGGAACGGAAAACAAAAGACGAACAAAACAAACAAACAAACAGCUUCAAAAGAAGUUGAACAAUAAACGUCUUUUUUCGAAAGAUGUUCAGUUAUUCGUUAUGUCUUCCUGUGCGGAACGACGCAAAAACUCCACAAGCAUUAGUAAAAUUGAAUUCGUUCUUUGUGGUGACAAAUGCUCUUCUUAGAGCUUCGUAUUACAUGUUAGGUGCAUUCGACUUGAUAAGGCUAGGAAAUACGGGAUAAUGCGCCUUCUCUAGCUGACAGUCGGUUAUGAUGUUUAAGUUAACUGCGUCCUCUUGUGAACGUCCUCAGCGAUGCUCUUUUUAUAAUUGAUUUUUUUUUCAGUUCCAUUAGACGAGAAAGUCCCAGAUGGCAUGCAACCUCGUUUCUGGGAAGAAGAAGGUUUCUAUGUUGGUAAACCCCCGCAAGUUUCACCUUCAAAUUUGAACAUCAUGGAAAAUAGGAUUAUGGACGCAAACGAGGUUUGUGGUUUUGUUGUUGUUGUCAACAAUUAUAAAGAGAUCAGAGGAAAUAGUACGCUCACUCAAUGUCUUUCCAUAUGGUUCAUCCAAUUCUCUUAUUUCAUGUCCAGUUGCGCAUCAGUUGCGUAUGCAAUAUUGUGUAUGGAGUUGUUUAGAUUGCCAGCAGUCUCUUAUUUUUCUUUUGAAUCACAGCAGAUCGAGGGCACGCCCGAUGGGCUAGCGGGAAGCCGCGAGGAACGAGCGCGGAAGCCCGAUCGAAGAACACCCAUCUCUCCUCCUUUUCAUCCCUAAUUCGCAUAAUUUUACUUUCUCGCUCGCCGCGCGUGGCUCUGAAGAAAGGAAGACGACCGCUCACGGUCUAUCAUCCAAGUGUCGAAGAAGUCCCUGCUAUCUUUUUGUAAGCUAGCGACAUUGUAGACACUGCUAGACCGUGUGUUCUAAGAUAAGGUGUCCUAUGAUUCGUUUCAUUUUCUAUCCUCAGGGAACUCAUUGGUUCGGUGAGGAUGGCCAGCUAAAAAGACUAUCAUCUCCAUUGAAGGAAAAACCAACGCGCCCUCCAAUUAUUAAUUUAGAGGAGCUAGACCCCUUGCUUCAAACCGAAUGGGUCAAGGUACGUGAGAGUUUUGAUCCGCUUUUAGUAAAUUUGGAUCGGAUAUUUGUCUUGUGUGCCACAGAUCAUUUUUAAUCUGUAUAUGUAAUACUGAAAUGAAAAUUUGUGGGAGGUUACUGAUACUGGAGAAGAAAAACGCUGUAUUGUCCCGAAAGACCUGGACAAACGUUUUUCUGACCUUAAAAAGUGUAAAAAGAAGUUCGAUAUGUUUAGUGCAUGAAAUGUUGCUAAUCAUGGAACUGACAUCUUUCCCGGCUUAAUGUCCAAUCGGACUCUAUUUGAACAACUGCGUGACUUUACUUUCUCCCCUUUUAAAUGAGAAUGAGGAUGAGAAUGGAGUUCAUUUACAGUGGAAUUGGAGUGCUUACCAUUUGUUUGGAAAUUUCGGUAAAAAAUUCGGACAAAUCAUCUUGUCAAUAGCAAUUCUGGUUCAAGUCAGUGACCAACGGUGCGCGGGAUUGUUUUUUCAAAAGCUGUCAUAGCCUGUUCACAGACCCUUUAUUAUAAAAAUAUUCUCUUUAGGGAUCGCAUAUGAAAACCUAAACCGCGGGUGAUUUAUUGUCCUUUAGCUCAAGGGGAUGGGGGUGGCAAAAAAAAAAGAAAAGAAAAGAAAAGAAAAGAAAAUAUCGCUCCUUAAUGUCUCACAAUCGCAUGACUAUUUGUCAUAAGACUGCUUUACAUGGCACAACCAUGUCUUAUGCCACGUGCUUACGAUAAUCGUACAGGUGUCUUACGAUUGUUGUAGGCUUGAUUUGGCUACGGACUGGACCAGUUCGGGAGUAUGCCAGUUUUGGAAGAAGCGAUGACGUCAUGAUUCCAUUGUUCUGCUAAAAACACGCAAAAAUAGGAAAAAAUAAUCGCAAGAAACAAGGGAGCUUUUUUCAAAGCCUGUUCCACUUCUCCUCGUUUAAUAUCCGGGACGUCCGAGCUAGCAGUACCGGUGAAGAAGCCUUCUCCUUGCUUUUUGAAUGUCAAGGGAACUUUCCUGCCACAUUUCGGUAGUUAAAAGCGACAGUUUUCCAAUGGCCUUCGACGCCGCCGCCGCCAUCUUGACGGGUAUCGAAUGUAAGUACAUGACUUUAUGUUUAGUUUUCAGUAUCUUGCCGAAUUUUUACGAAGUCAAGACUAAUUUUCCUCAAAACUACAACGUUUAAAGUGUGUUCAGGCAAAGUUUCAUCGAUGGCAACAACCUAGUAAAAAUGGCAACCACACAUUGAAAAUUGCCAACGGACAGGAAGGGUUACUGAUAUUGAUGGUUAUGCCUUAGUCUGUCUAUGUAGUUUCAGUUAUAAUCGAUCAGGUCUGUUUUUGGUCGUGUUCACCGGCAAUUUAUGCGACUCUCAUCUAGAAAUCACUUUAUUGAUCCAGAUCAUGUGUGUGGAAUUAGUUUUAAAUCAGUGUGAGUAGGUUCUUACAUUGAUUUCUUUUAUUUUGAUCAGGAUUUCCGUCAAAAAUGUAGACAAACAUGUGGAGAUAUUACAAACAUGUUGUCGCGUUUGUGCCAAAAAGCUGGGAAAAGGAACCAGGAAGACAAAAUGCUAAAUAUCGUCAGAACGACAUAUUUGUGCUCUGAGGGCAAAAUAUUGCUUUAGGUUCGCCUUAUGUUCCACUGUAAUGAAAAAUUUAAUGUCCAAAUUCAACCCUACCUCAAUAGAAUUAACUAUGUUUUUUUGUUUCUUUGUAGUGUGGUCACAGGCUUACCCACCACAAAAGCCCCUCCUUUGACCCUUUCAAAAAUGGGUAAGAGGGAAACAGGUUGGAGGGGGGGCUUAUAUACCUUGUGAGUGGAAGCUCACACUCAAUGACCAUUCAACCAUAGAAGAGACUGUGGCCCUUAUUCAAGGGGCUUUAAAGGAGAUAGAUGAGGAAGGAGUCAUGGAAGUGGAGGCUUGUGAAGAUUUUCUCUACAUAAUGUUCAAUCCCUUGCGUCAAAUAUUGUUUAUACUUUACAGAUGCCAAAUACAUAAUACGUUCAGUCCCUGUGCUGCGCAAAAGGUCAAUCUGAAACAUCAAAAAUGCCACACUCUCCCCCAUCAAUCCCUGUACAUGAGCAAUAAGCCCACAUUUGAUGUCAUAAUAUCGAAUAUGUGUGUAUUUGAAUAAAUCCUAAAUUAUUGAGAUUCUCUUGAUGAAAAAGCAUCUAUGUUAAUGCAUCGUCUUCUACGAAUCAUCCUCCCUAAUAAAUAAUACAUGAGAGGCAUCUCACAAGAUAACUAUUGAAAAUCGAUGUCAGCUGCUACUGUCUUCAUUAUAUCAAUUAAGUUUUGGUUUUUUGUUUUCAUGUCCAAGAAGGUGUUAAAAAAACAAGAUUUUGAGAUAAAAGAGUGUGUAUAAUAUGCGAGCCAGGUAGCCAUGGCAGCGGGUCAUGCAGGUCAGAAUCAAAAACAGUAAUACGGAAAGAAUUAACUGUCAGGACCUAAAAUAAAAUGUUUAUUUACAAAAAACAAAAUAUAGCAAUAAAUAACUUUUAUUGUAUCUUUACUCUGAUGUGUGAGCUUUGUUUUCUUGAAAGUGCUGUUCAAUAGAAACAUGAAGAACCGGCUAUGAAAAAGAACUUUGGAAAACUUAUGUUGUGUCCAUGCCAAGUGCAGUAAUCAUUAUUAUUUUGGGUCAAACCUUGUCUAAUAGAAUUGUUUGAGGGUCCCCACAGAGAAGACUUGGAGAAAAGUGCUCCUUAAAGUUACAAGGCCUUUGGUUUAAAGGCAAUCCCAGAGUUAAAAACAAUAAUUUAGUAUUAUUCGGAUGUAACAUCAAAUCCCAUACAAGAGGAUAUUUUAUAACAAACAAUAACCUUGUUGAUCUCUGACCUCUGGUCAAAUCCGGUGGACUACAAGACUAUAGUAUCCCAUUUUAAUCAAUAGAUCCAAAAGCAUGUAACAAGCAUAAUUCUUAGUUUUCCAAUAUGUAUAUUAAAUUCUUAAGAGCCUCUUGCAUUUGUUAAGCUUGACCAAAUAAUCAGUUAACUUCAGAAAGUGGAAUAAUUGAAAGCAAUAGGUUUUUUUGAAGCGGAACAAAAAAAAAAAUGAUCAGGGAUGAUAAGAUUUUCACUUUGUGGGUUUUCAAGAAGAAAACGCGGGCACAAUACCCUCAGAAAUCCCUUGUAAACCUGUUGUAUACCUGGACGGAACUGCUUCAAGACAUAAACCAACAGAACAUCAUAUUCGAAAAAACAGAUAUUUUACUCACAAAUGACUCGCUUGCACCAAAACAAUAACCUGAAUUACAGCCGUCUUCUCCGGCCAGUCGCUCACUCGCAGGAGAGAAACAGAUGCAACGGGAAAAAUUACAAUGAAUUAUAGAACAACUCACUUUUUAGUUGUUUCCAAAGCAUUCUUUUUUUCCUUAUGAUAUAAAAAAAUGAUGAAAUAAAUAGGCACAAACUUGUUAGCGUGCUUACCUAUUUUCGAUGUACUGAUUACAUACGCAGUGAGUACGCAGUGCCUACUAAGCGCGCGAUAAGCGAAGAACUAUAGCGCAAGAAUGGUUACUCCCUGUCCUCAAGGUACUUCCUAAUUCAUAGUAACAAAAAGACAAAUAAAAGGCUCGAUAAAACAAGAAUAAACGAGAAUUUUGGUCAAUACUCGUUCUUCUCCUCUCCCUUGUCCGCCAUUUUGUAUGUUUUGAAAAUGGCCAUCGCCAUGGUGAUCAUGUUAUGGUUGGUGACGUAGACCAUUGUUUUCGCUUCUUCCAAAACUGGCAUACUCCCGAACUGUGGACUGUGGGUUUAUCUUAAGCUCAUUGCAUGUUUCAAAGUUGCACUAUGUAAAUCGGCCCAUAAAUUGACAUUUCAUAUGGAUGGUAAUUGAAAACUUGUACUUUACUCCUUUUUUCCUUUCCUUUUUCUUUUUGUUUUUUGUAGGCUUGCUUGGAGACGUUUGAUGGCAAAUUUAUAAACGCAACUGGUAAGUCGAGCAGUUAAAAAGCAAUUUUUUACAACCACUCUCGAUCUCCUCGAUCUUAAGAAGAACUUCCUCAAGAAGUGCCAAUUACAAUCCCUUUAUUAAAGUUGUAUAGACCUCUUUAGUCUGUCUGUUUUGUUUUCCCAGUGUAGGUAAAUCUGUACAGUAGUCAUCAGAGUCAAAGCGAAUUGUGUAUACCUGUCGUUGACCGUAUUAAACGUUAGUUGUUGACCUGAUCGGUUGAUUAAGUCAUAUUAGAGACCUUUAGAUUCGAGGGCGAGAACGACUACGAAGACGAGAUUUGAGUAUUCUCAAAAGCAUCUUCACUGUACUUUUUACACCAGAAAAGUUAGCACUGUUCUUUUUUAUUGAGGAGGGUAAACCCUCCCCGAUCCCAAAAUGAUAAAACUUCUUACAUUGGAUAACUUGUUUCCGUCAGUACGACAUUGUCGAACGUCUGAGUUGUCAAAAAGGUUAACACUUCCCUGGACGAGUAUGUAUACAGUAGCUUGUUGUAAUAUAACAUGUGUGCUGAUUUCUGCAGAUGAAGAAGCAGCUAAUUAUCAGCUGGAUGUGGAUUUAUCCACCCUUACAUUCACCCAUCAUCCAUUGUUUAGCAAGGAACAUGUGUUGGCAUCUCGACUACAGCAAUAUUACAAACAGUACACAGAGAGGCGAAGGAAAGCAAUGUCCAGUCACUACUCUGACAAGGUAGCCUGAGAAUGCCAAAAAACAGACAGUUAUUUAUACCACUCUUUAAGAACGCCAGGGGCGGGAGGGGGACGUGGUUUAGGGCAGUUGCGACAUAUUCCGGCUUCACAGACUGUAUUAGAAUUAAUUUCGUUGCUGUCAUUUUUGCAUUGGGAAGACAGUUUGUAUUAUUACUACCUGUCCCUGGAAACAUAACAAAAAUUCCUGACGUCAGAAUGCACUUUGAAAAGUCCUUGGUAGUUUUUGAAACCCCUUUGGACAAAUGUCAGGAGUUUUCGGAAACGUGGUAACAUUAGAGAAAUUGACCUACAAGAUCCAAAUAAUGACAAGUGAACUCCAUCUGAUAAUAUUCGGUUAUUGUCACACAUCUCCGGGACAUUUUUAUGGGCACCUAAGGUCUGUGGAUGCAAUGUUUCUCAAGCAAUAGAAUACGAACAAAUCUCCUACUGGUAACUUCUCUCUCUCUCUUUUUCUCUUUUUUUAAGAAAAUCCAUCAACUGAGAUAUUUCACAAUAGUCAGGCUAAAUCACUUGUUUAAUUUUACACUGUUUUAGUAUAUUCUCAGCUUGCCUUUCCCUCAAAUAACCAUCCGAUGACUCUGACCACAAUUAAAUAUAUUUUUCAGUUGAAUGCUUUAAAGAUUGCUCUUCAGCAGCUCCAGCAAAAUGCAGAAAGAGCGGUGAGUAUAAAGUCAGCUAGUUGCAUUGCCAAAUCAGCAUCAUCGCUUUUUGCGCCAGAAGGCCCAUAAGGCAAGGCACGAACAGGGCCUUUAGCAUUAAGCCCAAACUCCCAGCCUGGAGGAACAGGAGAUAAGGUAUUAUCUGGUCUCCACCCUUCGACCUGUUCGCGGGUGGGACCUGGCUACAAGACUUCAGUCGACAUAGCACUAGUGGGUCGUGCCAACGCGCAAAACGGCUCGCCACGAAAAGUUGGUGAUCAUAUCGAGGAAGGCCUUUGCAGAUAAACUUCAAAUAAUCUGUUAACUAAAAUCACCCGACAUAGCUUUAGGGGGCCAUGGAAACGCGCAAAGCGCCACAUCACAAUGAAGUGGUGUUCCUAAGGUUACAGCAUGUCUUUUCAGGUUCUCUUGUUGUCAGUAUUUAUUUAUUUAUUCAUGUUUUUCUAAAAGGGGAAGGGUAAAUCAAGGGCGAUCUCAGUGGCAGACGCAAAUAAAAGAAUCAAGGAGUACAAAGAUCAAAUCAGGUUUAGCACAUCAUUUCUUUGCCCUAUAUCUUUUUAGUGAAAGCGGUCUUAGAUUUUUAUCUUAUUAUCGCACUGCUCCUCGUUAUAUUUAGAGCUUUGAAGAAAUUCUUAAGGCCUCGUUUAUAUGGAGAAAACCUGUCACCAUUAGACGGGUCACCUUCUCAGCCCAGACAACUUUAAUGUUUCACUCUAAAAUAACUUAGCCUUUCCCUCAAAAGUCACAUGAAUGUUCCCCUAAGUUAACUGAUUUGUGGAUUAAAAGUUUAUUGUUUGAUUGAAAUUAUAAAUUUAUUAAUUGGAGCUUCGCUUUUAGCUCUGGCUAAAUCUAUAUAUUAUGAGAAAAAGUUGACCUAAUUGCCCGAGCCAAGCCCCAGCGUUCGCGCAUGCUUUAAUUCUCCUAAAUAUCGCUCUCGCAAACUAAGUCGACCCGGCUUUUGGCGAGUCAUAGUGUUUAAACAAAGUUGGCCCGGCGAGGAAAGCAACCCUUCUAGCCGAGCCAACCUUUUUUUCUCAUGUAAACUGUUCUCCGCUUUUUGUAAGGAAAUGCAUGAAAAGUUGAUUUGCCCAGGAUAGCGGUUACUUAUAGCCGUUAACGGCUCUAUUUUCACUGUUUUUCCUGACUAAUAGAUAAUGUCAGUAACAGUGCUCACAUUGUGGGAGGCUCCUCCUAAUAUGUUCUACAAUUGGUAUAGGAUUAGUAGAGCCAAAACUAAUCGUGGAAUUGCACACAUUUUAAGGAUCCUACUGAUGAACAGUUACUGCUUUUAGAUAGUUUUACACGCAGCAACAGUUAUUUGCGGUCUGUUCCCUUAGAAUAGGCGGGGGAAACUGCCAACCUACCCCUCCCCUAAGCCAACAUUUUGCCCUAAGUGAGUUGUAAGUGUUAAUGUUGGCUUAGGGGAGGGGUUGGUGGGUAGUUUUCCAGAAACAUAUAAUGAUCCCAAUUCUUCUCCAUAUAAACGGGGCCUAAGUCAUAUUUCAUAUCCCAUUCCUUUUUUUUACAAACAAAAGGACAAGCCUAGGAACUUAUUCCUUCCAUUCACUUACUUUAGAACUUUCAAGUAGGUAAAUAAAUAAAUACAUACAUACAUAGAUAAAUAAAUAAAUAAAUAAAUAAAUAAGCAAAUAAAUAAGAGUACAGUACAUAUUUAAAAACCGUAACAGGUUAAUUGCUUUGCUACGUGAAUUAAGCUAGUACAGUGUAUGAGAAAGCAGCGUUUUAGAAAGGUGAGAAAAACAGUCGCCCAUUUAGUUAUGGAAUUGCCAUUUUAAUCCCUCUAUUUUGUUUCGCUCUAAAAAUGUGUAGACAGACAAGAAAACUGCGAGAUUCAGAAGAUCAUAGUGACAGAAAUUUGCUCAAGAGUUUGCUAAAGUGAGUUAUAGUACACUUUAUGCAUGAUAUUUAUGACCACGAAGGCUAACAAUGCUGUAACAAUUCGAUCUUUAAACAUACAUAGGGCGAUGUGCCAUGCCAUCAGCGAGCAGGAAAUUGUUAAACGUUGGAUUGUAUUCGUUACAGUAGAGAGCUUUAGAUUUGAGUAGGAGUACGUUUUAACUUAAAGUUUUUGUUUGUGUGUGUGUGUGUUUUCUUAAAAGAAUCCCGGAAAGCUUCAAGUUACCUUUUUUCACCCAAAAAAGUUAUUACGGUUAUUUAUAACGAAGGAGGUUAAGCUCUUUCCUGAUAGCGGAAUGUUAAAGCUUCGUACAUUUGAUAACUUAAUCCCGCCACUACGACAUUCUCGCUAAAACUCGUACUAGAAUGACGAUGGCUAUCACGUUUUCCCGCCAAAAUGACGCUUGUUCACGCGUGAGCAAUACUCAGUAUUGGGAAACUCUCGUAUACUCGUAGUCGUUGUCGUCUCCGAAUCUAAAAGUCUCUAGUUUGGAAAGUAAGAGAUCAAUGGCUUUGUGUUAAAGAAAAUUGCCUCAUUAAAUAUGAACCUUACAUUGCUCCUUUAUGUAUAGAUGCUGGCAUGAACUGAAGAAUCUCAGAGAAGCUCAGGGUUAUGUAAACACUCAAUUAAAACUGGUGAUCAGAAGGUCAGUAACAACAUUUGUAUCUAUUUUCCUCUCCCAUCCCCUCCAUGCAAUGUUGUGCCGCUGUUCGAGCUGCCAUAAGAGCGUUUUCACUCACGUGGCCAUCAUCUACGCAAAUUUAUUGGAACAAAAGAAAGCAUUUGCAAAAGAAAAGAGUUUAACUCCCACGGGACUGGUUUGGGACACCAACAUGGCCGCCGUUUCAUUGUUUUGGGACACCAAUGUGGCCGCCGUGACGUCAUGUGAAAACACUCUAUAAACACCAAACACCCCAACUUUGAAUGGAGGGGACAGGGGACGGGUGUGGAUUCUUUUGUUCUCUGAAGUUACCUUAUUUGAGUAGAAUGUCCCAACGAUACUGUCGCCGAUUGUUGGUAAUUAAAAACUAGCGCCUGGUUACUAACUUUUUCAAUUUGCAUGGAUUUCACUGUAUCCUGAAUAAUGGUUUGAUACAGUUUUGAUUCGUUCUAGGGAGGAAAGAAAUAAACAGGAGGACGAGGCUCUCUUAGAAGAAGAGAUUGCUGAAGAACUACAAGAAAGAAGGUUAGAAAAAUAGGUCUGCUGCAAAGUGCAAUGAACACAGAACGUAAAUAGCUCGCGAUUUCUAGAGUCUGGUACAUUUCACUGUCUGGUAACUGAGUCUGCCGCGAUUUGGGUUCUGUUUCAGUUAUUUCUUGAACUGCUGUGAGAAAUUCUUUUGUUCUUUUUGACACAUCCAUGGUAAUGGAGCUUGGUAAAAGGUUAUACACUAAAAGCGACUUCCCACAAUGUAUCCUCACAUUCCGGACUAGUAAUUGUCGAAAAUGUUCUUUUCUUAAUUGGUAUUUGUUGGUCGGGUGUUGAAAACUUUCAUUGUGUGCAAAUGAAUCUUGUGAUGAGCAUGCGGUCAGGCGGUUUAUUUUCGGCGAUGAUUGAAAUGACGCGCCAUGUUCUCAUCACGUUUUUGAUCUCUGGCAAUGAUGUAAUUUCUCUGGAAUCGAGGCCCUUGAAUUUUCGUGUAAUUAUACACGCGUAUAGCUUGCGACCGCAAAAGUAUUUCCGGUUGUCGCUAUCACGCGUACUAAAUCAAUUCAAAAGCAAAUCGUUGAAUACGAUGUAAAAGGUAAAUAUCAUGAAAAAUACUCGACCGUCGAUAAAAUAGGAAGUAAAAAACCUUUAGCGGGUAAAUCCUGUUUCGUGUAGAAUUAAUCGCCUCCUCAUUUCUUAUCUAAUCUCCAAGCAAGCGAGACUAAUCCGAGGUUAAGAGCGUUUUUGUUGGGUGUAGCUCCCAGACGUUGCAUGCUACGUGCUACGUGCGCAAAUCCAAACCCUUUGGGGUGGCAGGCUAAUAUAAGGGAGUACCUCCCCCCCCGGGUGUUGAGACAGUUGCAAGAUUUCUAGAUAUAUUUUAAAAUUUAUUGGAUUUAUCAUCAAGGUGAUGAUGUUGAUGUUGUUCUUUUUUGUUUUUCUAACUGUAAAAGUUGAUAAUUAUUGUGAUCACUACUGACGUUGGUUUAAGGGUAAGAGUAUGGUAAAACGUAUCACAUAUACAUGUGUUUUAUUCGGUAGGGAGGAGUUUGAAUCAGAGUACCAGGACAAACUCGCUGAGUAUGAAGUGGAACUUAAAGAAUGGAAAAAAGAGGCCAAAAGAAGGGUAACAUUGUAGCUGCUACUUUCUUGUCCCUUUGUGAUCCAGUUAGGCACAAAUUUUUCCCGGUUUAUUUCUACUUGGGAACGAGGUUGGCUAAUAAAUUUAUUUGUACCCCGAGAACGGGGUUUUGAAAGUAUCUAGAUCACUUGGCCUUUAAAUCCGUUAAAAAUCAUGUUCUCUUUUCUAAGAAUACAUCGUAUCCCAAUUUGAUUCGCCCUGCUAAAGUUUAGUAAAUAAAACUGUUUUAUUCAAACCGGACCGCUAGAUUAACUGCUGGUAAUGAUAAGAUCAUCAUUGUGAUCGUUAUCUUUGUUAGUAGAUUUUUUAACUUUAACUGAGGAAACAAAACUUCUAUGAUAAUUAUUGCCUUUCAGAAAAGAGCUCGCAUGGAAGGGCAGGAUUCAAGUCUGAUUGCGGAGGAAAAUGGUGCAGAAAACCGUGAGAAUAAAAUUAUUUAUCUGUUGAUUGGGCUAAAGCUUUAAAUAUACUCACUCACCUUUUUGGUAAUUGUAAUCUUUCUUUGUUUGCUUGUUUCCUCCUUAUGUAGAUCUUUCUUAAACAGUAUGCGGCUGAAUAAUGUCACUAACCAAUACCAGAAUCGUUCCAGGUUUUGUUUCGUCAUUCAAACCUCUCUAAGACUCACUACCAGUGUUAAAGGUUGAGGUGCUACAUCAGGUAGAAUAAUUUGCAUGUAUGUCGAGGCGUAAAAAAUUGUUUUCAUUAUCACUUGCUUGGCAGUUCCUCCUCGGCCUGCACGGCCCCCGAAGUUCGACGAAGCCGCUGAGUACGAGCAACUGAAAGAAAAUGCAAGACUUAAGAGACGAGCACCAGGUAAUGUUUACUUCAUUAAACAAAACUGCAUGGUAGAGAAAUGCCUUAAUUCUACUUAAACAAAUUAACACUUGUUUUCUCAGGGGCUGUUUACAUGGAGGUGGGGGACCCCAGGUAGGUGAGGUAACAUGUGGCGGGUCAUCCCACCUAUCAUGUAAACGUGAUCAAAAUAAAAUGAGAGAUUAUAUGGACAGGUGGGUUACCUCACCUACCUGCGGUCCCCUACCUCCAUGUGAACAGGUCCUUAGUCAAUCACGGACCCUUUCCAUUCCAGACUGCAUACCCAUUCAUCCUUCUGUCGGUCUCUCAAUUCCUCUCUCAUCCCCCUCUCCCUCUCUUUCUUCUUUUUUAAUUGAUUUAUUUAGCCGCCCAUGACUUUUUUUUCUUUGUUUUAGGUGAACCCAUCCUUACUCCUGAACUUCUUACGUCCGCCAAUGUUACGCCAAUAGACCAGGUCAUAAGGUAAGUCAUUGACUUUUGUGAAACCUUGAUAGUGUUGGAUCCGCGGUAACUCAGUUUUGUGAUUUUGUGGGGCUGUGAAACGUUAUCAAUAGCACCAAUUUCAGUUUAUUGUUUAUAUAUCUAAGCAGAGCGUAGCUAGUUUUUUGCACAUAGCCUUGAACACAACACUACAAGCACUCCUUGGAACUCAAACAGCUACAAAAGAUUGAUCAUAUUGUUACACACCAUUAUAAAUCUUCUGAUUUUGUAGCCGAAACUCUAUAUGUGUAAGCAACAAUAAUUUUACAAUAUUGCGUAAGGGGGCGGGGGACAGUUUCGUUACAGUAAACAGAAAUCUAUUGUUAUCGGCGGGGAAGUGAAUCUGCCGUCACAGUCCAUCAAUGAAGCAAUAGCCAAUAGCCAAUUCUUGAAGACAUGAAAUCGAUUGUUUUACAUUGUUUGCUUACCCGCUUUGUGUUGAUUUUGUUUUUGAUCCUUUUGUUUUAGGCCUGAAAAGCAGAGGCGCACUGAGAUGCAGAAUUGGUCAGCAUUUGUAAAAGUUUUAUUCAACGGUAAAGAGGUGUCAAGAACAGUCGUCAAGUAAGUCUUUACUUUCAUAGUCAAUCUCCAACUUAUUUCAGUCAUUCCUUAUUAGUCAGUCAUUAAAAGUCAAUCGUUUAUUAUGUGACUGGCUAUAGGGGUAUGAUGAAAAUAAGCAAUGGCAUAUAGUAGCUUUUCUGGAUUGAACUACAUGAGUUCCCUUUGGAUAAGGUCGUUGAUUCCAGAAAGGAAGUAAAAAUAAAGAAAACGAAAGAAGAAGAGGGAAAAAGAGGAUAAGUUCUGCUUUGGCAUCUGGACCUUUGCUACAAGGUCUCAUAUUGUUGCGGUGGGGGUGUAAGUGUUCACUGUUGGUCGUGUACACCUUAACUAAACUGAGAGUACCACUACCGCAGCUGACACUCACAUGUUAAACGACCCCCACACAAACCGUCACACAGACGAAGCAGUGGUGAAACAGAGGAAUGGCGGGGGCGGGGGGGGGGGGGGGUAAGGGGUUGAGCGGUUGGCGAGCAGCAUCUCCAAAUGUCCCAAUGCAACAAAAGGCUGUCUCGUGUGCUACUAUUUUGGUAUGUGACUAGCCAUCGCUGAUGACCUUUUGUAUCUCUGUAUGUUAUCUGUAAUUAAGAAAAUAGGAAGAAAAGAAAGGAAAGCACUUUACAGACAUCUUUUCACUUUGUUGUGUUAUCAGGAGGCUUGCGGCCGACUUUUCAAUUCAUUUUGGCGAGAUACGCAAUAUUCGGAUCGUCCAGUGGCCAGAAAAUAUUAAACUACAGGUAAGAAAACUCAACUUAUGGAGCGACCUCAUCUUUCUCGCCGAUCACGAUGCGUUAUUGUCCUUCCGCUGUAUUCUUUAAGUCGUUUACAUAAAACGAGAUAGAAUAUUGUAAAUCGCGACAGUUUUGCCUCCUACAAUUUGGAGUGGCGCAUUACAGCUUUACAUUGUUUAGACUCAUAAACUUAAGAGCAGUUGUCUGUAAGAUUCGAGCUAUAUUAAAAAGGCGCUGCCACACUAUCUCACCGAAUUGGCUAAAAAUUGGCAUGUAGACUUGAUUUGAGGUCUUUAAUAAGGAAUAGGUAACUUUAGGUUCUAAUUCCUCCUACUUCGGAAAUUAUCGACAUGGCCGGUUUUGGGGUGCCUCGGACCGGCGCCAUAUUGGUUAAUAGAAGCUGCUUUUGAGCCUUCGACUACAACCCUGUCUUCAAAGCUAAUCUUCCUUUGCCAAUACAGAUUGAAAGAACAAUCCCUCUUUAUUGUAUUUUUAGAAACUGCUUCGAAAUUGAUAACGUUUUCGCAACGAUCGAUUAAACUUUUGGUGGGUAUACUUUUUGAAUUUUUUACACCCGCAAAAUUAACAGAAUUUUAAAGACGUAUAUCUCUUUUGCCACAUCGCAUUGAAGCUUGCCAAUCUGCCUGAAUACUCACUGUUUGUAGUUAAAUCGAGUUCAUUAAUAAAAAAAUUGGGCAAAUUUAACGGAGCAGAAACAAAAGUAAUGAAUGGAAGACUGUUCUAGCGACUUUGUCAAUAAUCUGUACACCGAAUACUCGCCAGGUGUUGCCAAAAUUACAAUCGAUAAUAGAGUUUCUGUCUUUAAAUCUGAGUGAUCUGUGUAAUAAAAUUAGCCUCUGUAAUAUAAUCGAUAACUCUGCUGCGAAAAACAGUAUAAAAAAGGCAGAUUGUAUAAGGAAAAGGAAAAUGAAUUUGUUAUGUUUAUGCUAUGACGCGUAAACAAAAUUCAACCAUCACAGUCGAACUGGAAUUUUCCUGAUUUUCCUCCAGUUCCUUUACCGAAACCAGAGCUUUUAAAAUUAACCAUAGUAAUGAAAAUUGAGAUGUAUUACCUUACUCCACGACAAAGUUGCCAGUUUCCACCUUGAUCGAAAAAAAGUAAUAUUUUCCCACGCAUAUCGCGGGUCGUCACGUUCCUUGCCUGGCGUUACAACUCACGUGAAACCGUCUGGUUUCAAACAACUGAACUGAAGAAUCCGUGAAAAUCUUAGCCAGGCAAUAAAUAAUGGAAGUUGAUAUAAGUUAUCAUUAUUAGUGAGCGAGCAUCGAUGCGAUGAUAGUUCCAGCUACAUGUGUUUACAGCGUUUGAAGAUUUACUCAAAACUCAUGAGACAUGAGCCCUUGAAAUAAACAUCAUUACUUCCGGUUUUAAAAAUUGGGAGUUGGCAAAGUAAUGAAUAGACUCAUUCUACGUUGUACACCGUUAACAACGGUUCCGUGUACAAUUUUCAGGUAUUUUGUCUCAAUCACGAAGCCCGUUUUGAGGAGAUUCUUGAUAAACGGAAAAAUUGGUUUGGAAGGGGUUAAGAAGAAUGAGGGAUGAGCCCGGGACAGCAAAAACCACAGUCACCCCACCGAAGGGCUUUAAAACUGUGCGCAAAUGCCUCACCCUAGGGACAAUUCCAGAUUUUUGUUUCCUUGAAAAAGCUUAAAAUCGCUAGACAAUGCAUGGACAACUCCUGACAGUCUUAAUUCAAAAUAAAGUAAACAGCAAAGAAAAUUCAGUUAGAGACCAGAGUGUUUAUCCGAUAUCGCGAACAAUAAGGAGUGAUUGAAGAUGUGUCUGCAGUUUAAGGUAAAAUCAUUUACCAUGCUCACGGACCUUUCGACAACAUAAGUGUACCGACUGAUGUAAUAUCAGUGGUAAAAACGAACGCUUUUUACUGUAGGACGAUGACGUCAUCAUACAAAAGGCGUCUUCACUCUGGUAUCCAGAAUUUCAAACGGUCAAAACCUAGUAAUUUUCUCUGCUCGUCAAAUGAAAAACGCCUCUGAGGGCAAGUAGUGGUAAUGUGCUUGUUAGUAAGACGUCCAACAUAAGGAGACAUUCAUAAUCAACUCGGUUAAUGCAUUGAUAAAGGAAAACUUCUCCUUUACCCUUAGGGACAGAGUUCAAAGGCGCAAACGAUUUUUAGUUCAGCUCUAGCAUGUGUUGUCUAGCGAUUUGCUUUGAGCUUCUCUAAAUUUUCCAGAUCAAACAAGCUGUGCCCAUCGUACAUAAUCUUGUCUGGGCUCCCCUUGAAAAAUUGCAAUUCAUCAGAUACCUUCAAGUUCAUCCUCCGCCGCGACAACUUUGUGAUCUAUUUUAAUGGGUGGUUUUCUGGAUCUAUCCUAUGGCUUGUCCUUUCUGGUCGUCACUAUAUUAGCGAACAUGUUUCAAUUUCUCUCCAGCAAAAGUCUCUAUCAGGAGCGUAGCCAGGACUUUCCAGUUGUGCGGAAAAUUUCCAAAACUCACCCUUACAUCUUACUCAGUUCUCUCGCAACGUUUCCCCACUACAUUUGCUAAUUCUGUUAACUAGGUGAGGUUAUGCGUGGAUGAAAUGGCACUUGCAAUCGGUGAGAAAAUUAGGUUAGACACUUUACCCUCAACGACUACUCUCACGUUUUGCUGACACUUUCUAGCUUAGAAGAGAUAAGUGAAGCUUUGCCUUCCCCACUCCGUGUAAAAAAAUGUCGUUCGGCUGUUCAAACUACUUUUAGAAGACAACAAACUUCCCAACUUUAAUUUUUGAUAAAGGUAUAAGGGUAGGAAUCCAAAUUGUUUUGGAGUAUUUCACUGAUUUUAACACGAUGAUUGUAAAGUAGUGUCUAGUGAGUACGGGGGCUAAUGACCCAUCGUAAAAAUCUGAAAUUGAAAACAAAAAUCUUGUAUAACCGAGUAGUACACAAUUUUAGUUAUUUUAUUGAGUUGUGAAAAAUCACAAAUUUGUUUCUUCUUGAAUGUGUUAUACUCUCAUCCAUUCAGUCUUUCCGAUAUGCCCGUCGGAUAGCGGAAGUUAACGUAAAUGAUCGAUUACCUGAAAAGAAGCUACCAUCCUAACUUUCCACCUUCGGGUCUUUUCCCUAGCCAUAAUUUUUUUCCCUCAAGGAAUUUUUCUCUGUUUUACAUAAUAAUUGGUCUUGCAUUCAGCUUAUCGAUUUUGAGAGCCUAGUCCUAUGCCGUAUUCUGAUGCGAUCUACUUUAUGUAGCUUUCCUCCCAACUAACAGCUCCUUACUGAACAAAAACGGCUUUAAUUGAGUCUAUUCAAAGAACUAGCCAAUAUUUUUGCAGGGGUAAGCACAAUGUUCCUAAUUCCCCCUAGUCCCCUUCUUAGACGCUUUCAUGUGCAUCAGGUGUUAAAUUUUCUUUUCAUAAGCUACAAUGCUCAUAAUCGCGCAUUCUGAUGUCAUUUAUGCUUAAAAAAUUAAAAAUUAGUUUAUCGAAGAAAGAGUGAAUUAAAGGUGUCAUGAGGCGUUUGUGAUUUCAUGAACUAUUUGACGCGGUCCUUUUCUUACGGCUUAUGUCCGUUGGUGAAAUCGCUACUUGGGUUUUCUUGGAUUGAAAAGGGCGGGCUCUUUCUAAACGUGGCGUUGUUUAUGGGACCUUAGUAUUCAGAACAGAAUCAGUCGAUGGCAAACAACGAAAAGGCUUUUAUGUGGUAAGUUACAGUGAUGAACCUUGCCUCGAGACGGUCAUAUUUUUGUACAUACUUCAUGCAAUUCAGUGUUGGUCUGAAAAUGUUUUGUUAUGGAUGGGGGAAGGGUGGGGGGAGAGAUCAGAACAUGUACCUCGUGUUGUUUACGAGACAUUAAAGUAAUGAAAACUGUUAAACAGUCUUCUACAAAUCAAAAUAGUUGCAAAUGCUUACGGGAGGCCCUAACUAUAUGAUGAUAAGAAGGGCUAUAUUUGGAAAGGUGCAUGGUCAUGGAGUUAAGGAGAUUUGACUAAUCAACCAAUUUCCCGCUAAACAUAAGGGCGUGGCCAGUGGCCCCAAAAUUGUGUUCGCUCGCCCCGGGCUGGCUCGACUUUUGGGAUACGGUUAUGGGGUUAUAAACACUGAGUUCAUCAUCUAUAUAGCCUACUCGCCCCACGUGACUGCAUUUCGCUUUUCAGAGACCCAUCAGUUACUGUAUGACCCUCUCCGAUCAGAUUUUAUGUCCGUGGUACUGGUGGUGAGGUCAGUCUACAAGCAGAGUCGUGAAAAACACCGCCACUUGAGCCUUUACGUUCAAAACAUUCCUGGCUAUCGGGAAAAAAAGAAGGAGCUUUUAAAAAUAUUAAAUAAAAUGUCAUUUCAAAUAUCACUUUGUCACCGUUCGAAAAUUAUUGUGAAUCAGACCGAAUGAAAGUUCACUCAAAGAGGGGGAGGGGGGAGGGGGGUUGUUAGUUCUAAACAGUUCCAGUUAGCUAGAAAAUUAAAAGUUACGAAAAAAUAGUGGGCGAACUGCAGAAUACAUGCAAGAAUGAGAAAGAAAAUAGAAAACAACUUCCUGUUCAAAUUCGGGGGAAACGUUUAAUCGCGUAAAGAAGACUGAACUUGAUUGAGGUUGUUCAUUUCAGUUCCGUUCCGGCGUGCAGUUCGUUGUCCUCCUAAAAAUAGCUUCGUCUCCCACCGAUCAUUCCAUGUCAUAUUUUGGGGACUUAUUAUUCAGUAAUGACGGUACGAUCAGGUAAUUUGACUUGAUGAGUUCUUUAAUUUCAUUUCAUGUACUAGUUUUAUAUCUUACGCUGGAAAGAUCUGCCAAACAGUACAUUAGCAAAGGUAGGUUCCUGUUUACACGUGUAAUUAUCGAAUACCAUACAAUUUGCAUAAAGCUACAGUGCACGGUUGGUUUUUCUAGCCUUUUGAUUAAAAUUGACAACGUUUGCGUUAUCUUUGCCUAACAAAAUAUGUAAUUUGUAGCUGUAUACAGCGAAAUACUACAGAGAAAAUUGUAACUGUGCAGUAAACGAGCGGCUCCCGAUUGGUCUGGGAAAUCGAAGAGCGAACUUGAGCUAGUACCGUGUGUAACAAAAUUUAUAAUUUUCAUUUUAGCGCAUAUUUCAAGCUCUUCGCAAGAUCAGAAUCAAAAGAUCACCUGUUUACAUUUCAAGGGAGGGUUUUUAAGCGAUAGAUAGGGUUUAAGAGGCACGAUCAAUUUUUAAAGAAUUUUCUUUUCAAAUAUUCACCGAAUUUUGUUUUGAAGUUUUAGCGGCCAAGUGGCUGAACCACUGCGCAUUCAUGCAUUCAUAUUUCUGUUCCGUUGCAUUUGCCCAAUUAUUUUAUUCAACAAUCUAACUUAGCUAUAAACAAACUAUGUUUAGUUAAAAUGGCUUAGUCUAAAUCGAUGUGGCAUGGGUGAUAUUGGCCUUCCAAUUUCUACCAAAUUUGUGUACCGUUUAAGUACCGAAAAAGUGCUGUGAGAAGUUAUAGCCGUUCGUAGCUCAGGCUUAACCAUUUUCAGAUAAGAGUAGGUAAAUGAAAGGAGGAAGGAUAGUUCUUUGCAACUGUAUGAGUCACGAUUAAGUUAUUUUAAUGAUAAGGCUAGAAUUAAUUACUGUAAAUCUCCUUCAGUUCACCAACAUGGCGGCCGCUCGAGGCCUCGUCAAAACUGUCAUUCCUGUAUCUUUGAAACCAACGAGAAUUCGAACCUUAGAAUAUGCAUUCAGUAUUUAGGACACCAUUCUAAGACUACAUGCCAAAAAUCAGCCAAAUCGAUGAGGUACCGUGUCAGGCCGAAGUUCGAAUUUUACAGAAAAUCACUCUUAAGUUAUUUCACUGACAUGUUUCCCCAGACUUGUGUAUUUAAGCGCUGUGACACUAUACGACGAAAAUUUUAACCAUUUUUUUAUGGCUUUUGUUUGUUUGUUUUUUUAAAAUUAGUUAUUUUCAACGGGUUUUAAGCCCCGUACAAACGGACGCAACAUUGUUGGCCAGCAACUCCCAACAUUGUUGGAUGUUACAUGUUGCGUCCCGUUUGCACACCCUGUUGCAUGCUGUUGCGUGUUGUUGGAAAGUGUUGCGCAAAGUUCAAGAGCGGUCAAACUUGUUACCAGGUACAAACGGACGCAACAACUCCCAACAUUCUUGGGCCGACGUGUUGGGAGUUGUUUCGUCCUUUCGCAGGUAGCUUUAAAUUAUACAGGUCGCGCUAAAUUAGAUCGAUACUUGCGUACCCGGGCUGGAGAUUCCAGACUGAAAACUCUGAAAGUCUGUGCUCUGUUUACGGAGUCUUCAAGCACAGAAAGCAAGUCAGCCUCGGUUUUACAUAUGUAUCUUGUUUAUUUGAACCUAAUUAGAGUUCUCACUCAUGUUUACAGUUAAUGGAGUCUGGGAUACAAAAUAAGCUUGUGGCAGAGCUAUUCCUGCCAAUACCUGAGCCAAGUCACAUAUCUGGAAGAGUUGAACUGGAGUCGUUUGAGUUUAGUAGUGAUCAACAGGUUUUCUACAGACACGAGGGUGUUGGAAGUGGUGAGUAUACUUCAGUAAAUACGAAACAAAAAUCAAACAACAUCAAUACUGGAAAAAUAAUAAACUUGUUUUGAAAUAUUUCGGCUGAAUCGCUUAGCCUUUAUCAGUCGAAAGAACGCACCGUACCGCGGUCACGCUACCUUAGGACGGUCACGUGACCAGAGAACUGCAUUUUGGAUGUUUCAUUUCUCCAGUCCAUUCCCCCUUCCCUGUUAAGAUUUCAUAGGAAACGUGAAAUGAACUCGCUUUUCAUUGACGUUAAACGUUUUAUUAUAUCUAACGUUUAACCGAACUAGCUUGUGCUUAACCAUGCAACCCAAUAAUCAGUUUUGACGAUCAAGAUUUAGUUUCCACAGUCCUUAACCGAAGUUGAAAAUUCUUAUAUGACUGAGCCAGUUAACAAUUAGCCCUUUGUUAUCGUAGGCCAGCCUCUGGACUUCGCCUCCAACAAUGCAACUGAACCCCAGCCUCCUAUCUACCUUCUGACGUCUGGUACCAUCCUGGCCAGUCUUAGUUGGGCUGUGGGGAAUGAUGGGAACGUUAUGGCUCCACCACUGCAGACAGGCAAUCCAGCUUCAAACCUUAGGUCAGUAGGGGGCCAGAAAAUGGCUUCGUUUUAGCAACUGCCAACCACAAUUGUUUCUUUGAGUCAGCUUCCUAGCAAGAGUAUGUUUCCAGUGACUUGAUCGGUCGAGGCAUCAUGACUAACUUUGAUUUAUACUUUACAAUUAUUAAAACCACCUACUGAAAGGGUAAAUAUUUUAGCAAAGUGCGGAGUUAGCUAGACUAGAGAGUAUUAAUAGCUAGUUAGUAUGAGCCCUCUUUGGCUCGGGUGUGAUGAAUUGCGUGCACACAGAUUUUAAAAAAAAAAAACAGCAAACAAGCAAACAAAAAUAAACACACUCGGUCACUCGCAUUGUCAAAUUUUAUCACUUGUUUGCCGCCUGAAAUACCACGUGCAUUGCUUCUAUCCCAUCGAUCCUAAAGCGCGUGCAAAGAUGCCAGGUAUCGUGAAUAAGGACUAUUCGAAUAAGACGGAAAAUAACUCAAUUUGCUGUUCGCAAAGAGUAGGGGACCUAUACCCCGGUGGUGUGGUCUUUCUCUCAUGGAGGGAGGGGACUGUUAAGGGCUCAGAAAUAAUUGGCUCCACGCUGUGGAGGUUACCCUACCAAGAAUUAGCGAAUCUAAAAAAACAUAUAAUUAAAGUUAAAAUUAGGAUUAUCUCGUGAGAAGACCCUACCCGAUAUGAUGUUGACCAUGUAUUUAUUUCAUUUACAGUGCUGUAAAACGAUAUGAUGCUUUGGCUGCUCUUGGAGCAGCUGGAAUGGUGGACAUACAAAGUCUGGUGAAGUGGAUAGGCAAGUUUAAGGAUCCACUGGAAAUAUGAUUAUUUUAUCCUCUGAUGUGAAAACUUUUGCUUAUAGUUAAAGAACGAAAUUUGAAAAAGUGGCCCUUUUCCAAGUUAUGCGCAAUCCGUUUAUAGUUCUAUCCUGCAAACAAAGACAAUUUAUUGGUCUUCCUAAAGGCUUCUUUUCGGAGGCUGGACAACAGAAAUGUUACUUCAGUGUUGUAGUUGGAGAUCUGUAAUGUUAAUACUAUGUAUGUAUAUGUGACAGGACGAAGAUCAGGCCCCAUUUCCUCUUAAAACGCGCCCAUGUUAGUUUUCUUUUCUAUAUGUUUAAUUGAAACGGAGAAUGAGUUGCGCGUUAUAGAAAUUAUUGUUAUACAGUCAAAGUAGUCGCAACUGAAGCUGGUCGUUUACAAGGAUGGGUGACGAACUACUUCUUCAUUUUGACGCGAAAUGUCAGUGUUGAUUUAUAAUUUUACAUGUGAAACUAUAAAAUUGCAAUGGCAAUCUUUUGUACGUCUCAGUUCCAAGAUGGCGACGAAGUUUUAAAAUUUAAUGAAUAAAGAUGUAAACCUAAAAACACGAAAGAGCACAUCAAGAAGGAUCGUAACAGGUAUUUUGUCG